UCGGAGAUGUGGAGCUCCGUCGUCGUCGUCCCGGCUGCGUUGCUGGCCGGCGUGCUCCUGUGCCUGGCGGCGCCGGCGGCCGCGGCGGCGAGGCCGGCGACGCUCAGCGUCCUGUCGUUCGGAGCGGCGGCGGAUGGGGUCACUGACGACGCGGAGGCACUCGUGGCAGCUUGGCGAGCGGCGUGCCGGGUCCCGCGCGCCACCGUGCUGCUCCCGUCCGGGCACAGGUUCCUCGUCUCGCCGGUGACGCUCCAGGGCCCCUGCAGCACGAGGCUGACGCUGCAGGUGGACGGUACCCUGCUGGCGCCACCGGACAUGGACUCCUGGCCCAGGUCCAGGAGGCCUCUCCAGUGGCUCAACUUCAAGUGGCUGAACGGCUUCACCGUCCAGGGAGCUGGCACGGUCGACGGCCAGAGCAUCACCUCGCUGCAUGAUUCGUCAUCACCAGCUAAUGCUCCUCAGCACUGGCAUUCAUCAGGAGCCAAGCCUACGCUUGUAAGGUUUUACGGCAGCUUCAAUGUCACCGUGCGCAACAUCCGGAUCAGCAACAGCCCACAGUGUCACCUCAAGUUCGACAGCUCCGGAGGCAUCAAGGUGAAGAACGUCACCAUCUCUUCCCCCGGGGACAGCCCCAACACGGACGGCAUCCAUCUCCAGAACACCAGGGACGUCGAGAUCAGGAGCUCCAGCAUCGGCUGUGGUGAUGACUGCGUGUCGAUACAGACUGGGUGCUCUAAUGUUCACAUGAAAUACAUCAUCUGCAAUCCAGGCCACGGAAUCAGUGUAGGAGGACUCGGGAAGGACAACAGUCUGGCCUGCGUAUCUGAUGUAGUUGCAGAGAACAUCAACGUGCAGAACGCCCUGUACGGUGUCAGGAUCAAGACUUGGCAGGGGGGCGUGGGCUCGGUGCGGAACGUUACCUUCGCCAACGUCCGGGUGGCGAACGUGGCCACCCCCAUCGCCAUCGACCAGUUCUACUGCGACAGGGGCGGCGCGCGCUGCGCCAACCGGACCGGCGCGGUGGCCAUCACCGGCGUCGCGUACCGGCGCGUCGCCGGGACGUACUCGUUCCAGCCGGUGCGCCUGGCGUGCAGCGACGCCCGGCCGUGCACCGGGGUCAGCAUGGUGGACGUGCGCCUGUCGCCGGCGGCGAGCGCGCCGGCCGGCACCGUGGCGCCGCUGUGCUGGAACUCCUACGGCGAGGCGUCGGGGACGAUAGAGCCGCUGGGCGCCGGGUGCCUGCAGAGGAGCAACGGAUACGCGAUGCCCCUGACCCAGCCUUCUAACUACACGUGCUGAUCGAGUCCUGUAAUUUUGAAGGUUUUCAUUUUUCAUUGGAAAACGCAAAUUGAUGAAGAGUUACUUCAU